AAAACUAAACGUCAAACUUUUUUUUUAAUUGUUUAUCAAAAUUGAAAACACAGUAAAAUUAUUAAAGUUAUUUCGUGUUUUGUUAAUUUCUGAAUAAACUCCUCAAAAAAUGGGUUCGCCUGAAUUACCUGGCGAAUCUAACGAAGAAGAUCUCCGUCCAAGUCCAAUGCACAUCAUUAACCAAGGUGGCAAUAACAGCGACGAUAGCGAUGGCGAAGAUGGCAACGAAUACGAUGGAUACCAACCACUUCCCAUCACAGACCAAGGCGAUGACUCAAUGGAAAUUGAUAACAAUCUGUCGGAACCAUUGACCACCACCACCACUAAUGGAGAUCCAAAUUUUCCCAAUGUCGAGAGCAUCGAUGCCGAAGUGGAACGAGAAGUAUGGAGCCAGCCACGUCCCCAGGAAUUAGAUCUCGAAUUGGAUAGUUCCAGGACAGAACAGAUAAUGUCUGCAAUGGCUGGCAUAACCCUUCCUAAUGUGGCAAUCCCAGAUUGGGCCCAAGGAGUGCCCGAGGAACGAUGGAAGGAGGACCUAUUGGAAAGAAUAAGACAGCGCAAAGAUAUCUCACCAAAUUCAAACACAACAUCUCGCAGAACAUCAUAAGUAGUUUAUUAUUCACAAUUAUGUGUCCACAUCUCACAGAAGCCAACUGUUCCGAAAUAACAAAGUGUUAAUAAGUCCCAUAAGUGUUACAAUUAAAUAAAGAUUAAAAAAACAAAAUUUGUUCUCAUA